ACAGGUGAGCAGAUUGUACAUUAGUGGUGUUGCUGUCUUCAGCUGCUUCUCCUCAUGGGAUCCUAGUUCAGCUUGAGCCCAAACUACUGCUGCUAAUCCCACCAGAGCAGAGGAAGAGGAUCUGCUGUGUACACACACCUGAGAGGACGAGCAGCAGUUGGCCCUGCACCAUGGACUUCAUCUUCCAGUUGCUGUUUUCCCCUCUCCCGACCCCGGCCAUCAUCUCACUGUUUGCGGUCGGUGCAGCAACCUUAUUCUAUCUCAACUUAAGGCCCAGUCCCCUCCGAAGCCCAGCUGAUCUCAACUGCCAGACUGUGGGCAUCAAGGGUGGUGCAAGAAAGGUUGCCUUGUUGGAGGAUAACAACAACCUGACGUCAUUUUUCUAUAGUGAUGCCAAGACCCUGUAUGAGGUUUUUCAAAAGGGUCUGAAGGUGUCAGGUAAUGGACCAUGCUUGGGCCACAGAAAACCAGGAAAACCGUACCAGUGGCUGAAGUACAAACAGGUGUCUGACAGAGCGGAGCACCUGGGGUCAGGGCUCCUUCAUAGAGGUCUGAAGCCAAACUCAAACACAUUUAUUGGCAUCUUUGCUCAGAACAGACCUGAGUGGAUUAUUGGUGAACUGGCAUGUUACACCUACUCCAUGGUAGCAGUUCCCCUGUACGACACGCUGGGUCCUGAGGCUCUUGUGUUCAUUAUCGACCGAGCUGAGAUCUCAACAGUGCUCUGUGACAAUCAGAAGAAAGCAGAAAUUUUGCUGCAGAACCGAGAGAAAGGCCAGACUUCAGUCCUAAAAACCAUCAUCAUCAUGGACUCUUUUGACCCUGAGCUGCUUGAGCGGGGAGCAAAGUGCAGGGUGGACAUUGUGUCCAUGCAGGACGCUGAGGCAGUGGGGAAAAGUAAUCUUCAAAAGCCAAUUCCACCGAAGCCGGAGGACCUCAGCAUUGUCUGCUUCACCAGUGGCACUACAGGAAAUCCCAAGGGAGCAAUGUUGACCCAUGAGAAUGUGGUCUCCGAUGCUGCUGGUGUCCUCAGAAUCUUUGAGACAUCAGUUGUUCCAUGCACCCAGGACAUCAGCAUUUCUUUCUUGCCUUUAGCCCACAUGUUUGAGAGAGUUGUUCAGACAGUUGUUUACGGUACCGGUGCCAGGGUGGGCUUCUUCCAGGGCGACAUCCGACUGCUGCCAGACGACAUGAAAACCCUACAGCCCACCAUUUUUCCAGUGGUGCCUCGCCUUCUUAAUCGUGUCUAUGACAGAGUUCAGAGCGGAGCCAAGUCUCCUUUCAAGAAAUGGCUGCUGAACUUUGCUGUAGAGAGCAAGUAUGCUGAGGUGAAGGAGGGCAUCGUCCGGAAGAACAGCAUAUGGGACAAACUCAUCUUUAACAAAAUCCAGGAGUCCCUCGGGGGGCGUGUGCGGAUCAUGGUGACAGGAGCAGCACCCAUAUCUCCAUCUGUUCUCAACUUCCUAAGGGCUGCUCUGGGCUGCCAGAUCUUUGAAGGAUAUGGUCAGACAGAGUGUGCAGCUGCCUGCACCUUCACCAUGCCAGGAGAUGCAACUUCUGGACAUGUUGGUGUGCCUCUGCCUUGUAACAUUGUGAAGUUGGUUGAUGUUGAAGAAAUGAACUACUUUGCCUCAAAUGGUGAAGGGGAGGUCUGUAUGAAGGGUAAAAAUGUGUUUAAGGGCUAUUUAAAAGACCCAGAGAAGACUGCAGAGGCCUUGGAUAAAGAUGGCUGGCUACACACUGGAGAUAUAGGAAAAUGGCUUCCGAGUGGAGUCUUGAAGAUUAUCGACCGCAAGAAAAAUAUCUUCAAGCUGGCUCAAGGGGAGUACAUAGCACCAGAGAAGAUUGAAAAUGUUUAUGUACGCAGUGGACCAGUGGCUCAGGUGUUUGUGCAUGGAGACAGUCUACAGUCCUGCCUGGUUGCCAUUGUGGUCCCUGACGCUGAGAUUCUGCCAGGUUUUGCAAAAAAUCUGGGCUACCAAGGCUCCAUUGAAGAACUCUGCAAAAACACAGAAAUUAAGAAAGCCAUCAUUUCAGACAUGACCAAACUUGGAAAAGAAGCAGGUCUUAAGUCCUUUGAGCAGGUAAAAGAUGUGCACCUCCAUCCUGAGCUUUUCACCAUCGAGAAUGGCCUUUUAACUCCCACCCUCAAGGCCAAAAGGGCCGAGCUCAAAGCUCUGUUCCAACCACAGAUUGCUAAACUUUAUGCCAGCAUCCAAUAAAUGGAAUAAAACC